UACGGUUUGGCCAAAUUAUUUCGCUGGCAAGUUGCGUGUGGGAAUUAAACGUUUUUCGAGCUACAUCCUGGCUAAAAAUAAAUAAAAAAUGUGCUGGCAAAAGUCCAAAGCAGGGCUAAAAUAGGUGCAAUUAACGUUUUAUGAAUGAAAACGCGGAAAGCUUAAAACUCAAGUGGCCAAUGAAGAGUGUGCUUGUGUGUGUGGCCCGGGCCUUGGCCUUUUAUUUAUCGAAUUCGUAUCAAUUUAAUCGCUGAGCAAUAGUCACUUGGCAUUUAUUUUUAUGGUGACGAUGUGGUAGCCGGCAACUGUUCGACUGAUAAGCCGACUGACUGUUGGAAUUCCACUCCGGGGAAUGCCUGUGAUUUACGCGUAUACAGUGUUUACCCUACCUGUUUACCGCUCAAAAAAAAAAAGUCUCAGGUGUGAUAAGACUUUUACACCUGAGUGGCUCAAUGGAAACGUGGCAAUAAGACUAAAAACUUACUCCGCAUUUAUUUUUAUUUAGAAGACAAGAAUAUACAAUAGUGUGGAGAAAAUUUCACAUCCAAUUAGGUGAGGAUCAGUUCAAUAGUUCAAUUCAGGCGCCAAAAGCCAAACACCUGCAUGCAGCUCCCUUUACUUAAGUUAACUUAAGCUAUCUACGUUCGCGCUCUCUGUAAAAAAAUAAUGGCUGAGAACAAUGUGUCGCUACGCGAUUUCGACGAAGAGAGCGAAACGGAUUCGGAGACGGAAUUGCUCAUACGCCGCGAUGUCCCGAGUGGGAGAACAGCAGCACACAACAACAACAACCACAGAGCUGGCAGGCGGCGCAAAAGCUCAACGGGCUACAGCGGCGCCGACGUCGACGCCGGCGCUGGCAGCUCUGCCGCCGGUGGCAGCUUUCUGGGCAAUCUCUUUGGAGGCAACAGUUUUGGCUCUGCCGCCGGACAAAUACGUUAUAGAAAUGAGCGGAGUCGCGAGCGCGCCAAAAACUCCAACGGCAGCAGCAGCUACAGCAUUUCGAAACUGGCGCAAUUAACGCACACGUCAGCGAGCGGGGUCGCGGGGGCGGGGGCGGGAUCGGGGGCUAGUGGGAGUGGCAGUGGAGUAACAACUGCGGAUAAUGCAGCAGCAUCGGCAGUUUCUGCGGGGGAUCUUGGCAAUGGCGGUACGCACAGUACCGUUGUCGAUCCCGAAAAUGGUUCCUCAACGGUCUUCUACCAACACAAUCGGCGGAAGAGCAAAAGUCGCAGCAUUGGCAACGUCUGCAAGCUGUGCUUGUGCAGUUGCUGGCGAAAAUGGUUCCGACCACGAGAGCUGAGGGCCCGGACCGUCAACCUGGGCCGGGUCAAUACGGAGAAGUUCCCGCCGAACGAGAUCCGAAAUCAGAAGUACAAUUUCAUCACCUUCCUGCCGCUGGUGCUGUUCGAGCAGUUUCGCUUCUUCCUCAACCUGUACUUCCUGCUGAUGGCGCUGUCGCAGUUCAUUCCGGACAUCCGGAUCGGCUACCCGUACACCUAUUGGGGUCCACUCGGCUUCGUCCUGAUGGUCACCAUCUGCCGGGAGGCAGUCGAUGAUCUGCGACGGCAUCAGCGGGACCACGAGGUCAACUCUCAGAAGUAUAAACGCCUGUCGGCCAACAACCUCAGCGGCUACGAGAUGGUACCAAGCUCGAAGCUGAAGGUCGGUGACAUUAUCAUCGUAGAGAAGAAUGAGCGGGUGCCCGCGGAUCUGAUCCUGUUGCGCACCAGCGACCGCAGUGGUUCGGUCUUCGUGAGGACAGACCAACUGGAUGGUGAGACGGACUGGAAACCCCGUCUUGCCGUCCCGUACACCCAGAAACUCAGCCGGGACUCGGAGCUGCAUACUAUCGAUGCCAGCUUUUAUGUGGAGAAGCCCCAGAACGACAUCCACAGCUUCAUUGCCACCUUCUGCAUGGCGGAGGGCAGCGAGGACACCGGCCUCAGUGUGGAGAACACUCUGUGGGCCAACACCGUUGUGGCCGCAGGCACAGCCACCGGAAUUGUCAUCUACACAGGAUGCGAAACGCGCAGCGUCAUGAACAACUCACAGCCGAGGUCCAAGGUGGGCCUGCUGGAUAUGGAGAUCAACGGAUUGACCAAGGUUCUGUUUUGUGCCGUGCUGGGACUGUCGCUAGUCAUGAUGAUGCUGAAGGGAUUCGGCGGCCCCUGGUACCGAUACAUGUUCCGCUUCGUGCUGCUCUUCUCCUACAUCAUUCCAAUCAGUCUGCGCGUAAACUUGGACAUGGGCAAGGCCUUCUACUCGUGGCAAAUGCAAAACGACUCCAAUAUCCAGGGAACCGUAGUCAGAUCGACGACCAUUCCCGAGGAAUUGGGCAGAAUCUCGUACGUGCUGACCGACAAGACGGGCACUCUUACCCAGAACGAGAUGGUCUUCAAGAAAAUCCACCUGGGCAUAGUGUCCCAUGAUGCGGACACCUUCCAUCACAUUGGUCAGAUGAUACAAAAGCUAUCUGGGAAUAUAUUGCAACAGCAGCAGGGUAGCGUAUCUAGCUCGAGUAGCAGUGCGGAAUCUACAAAGCCAAUUAUGUUCGCCGGCAAUCGGAUGCGCCGUCCCGAGGGAUGGCGGGAAUGGGAGGCAGUGCGAGCACUUGCCCUUUGCCACAAUGUUACGCCCGUGAGCGAUGACGAGGACAACCGAUCCGUGUCCACGGCUUCCACCGUCACCGGCGGCAACAACUCGCCGACCAAAUCUGUGAUAAACAUCGAGGCACCCGGCAGCACGGACACGGAGCAUCAAUACCAGGCCGCCUCUCCAGAUGAAAUAGCGCUGGUCAAGUGGACUGAGCAGGUGGGCCUGACUCUGAUUGCUAGGGAUCUCAAUUCGAUGACGUUGCAGGUGAAAACCCCCAGCGAGGACAAUGACAUUCUGCUGCAUUAUCAGAUUCUGCAGCUGUUCCCCUUCACCAGCGAGAGCAAGCGCAUGGGUAUUAUAGUGCGCGAGAGCAAAACGGGACAGAUAACGUUCUAUCUGAAGGGUGCCGAUGUGGUGAUGUCCAGCAUUGUGCAGUAUAACGACUGGCUGAGCGAAGAGUCGGGCAACAUGGCGCGAGAAGGCCUACGCACGCUUGUGGUGGCCAAGAAGGUGCUUACCGAGGAACAGUAUUCCGACUUUGAAACACGUUACAAUGCGGCUCGUUUGAGCAUAACCGAUCGCGUGGCCAAGGUGGCUGCAGUCACGGAAUCUCUUGAGCGUGAGCUGGAACUGCUUUGUCUGACUGGCGUCGAGGAUCGUCUGCAAGAGAAUGUGCGUCCCACUUUGGAAUUGCUGCGUAAUGCCGGCGUUCGCGUUUGGAUGUUAACGGGCGACAAGCUAGAGACUGCUUGCUGUAUUGCCAAGUCCUCACAGCUGAUUGGCCGGAACCAGGGAUUGCAUGUUCUGCGCUCCGUCAAGACGCGUACGGAUGCUCAUCAGGAGCUGAAUAGUUUCCGACGCAAACAGGGUCAUGCGCUGGUCAUCUCUGGCGAAUCGCUUGAGGUCUGCCUGCAGUAUUACAGACCGGAGUUCCUGGAACUGGCCACAGCUUCGCCAGCCGUGGUCUGCUGCCGCUGCUCGCCCACUCAAAAGGCCCAGGUGGUGGCUCUCAUCCAGAAGCACACCGGCAAACGAACCUGCGCCGUGGGAGAUGGUGGCAACGAUGUCAGCAUGAUUCAGCAGGCCGACGCCGGAGUUGGAAUUGAGGGACGCGAGGGAAGACAGGCCUCGCUGGCCGGUGACUUUAGCAUUCCGCAGUUCUCGCACAUUGCCAAGCUGCUGCUCAUCCACGGCCGGAGGAGCUACAAGCGCUCGGCGGCCCUCUCACAGUUCGUAAUCCACCGCGGUCUGAUCAUCACCACCUUGCAGGCGGUAUUCUCGGCGGUUUUCUACCUCAGCUCGGUGGCCUUGUACCAAGGCUUUCUCAUGGUCGGAUAUUCGACACUGUACACCAUGUUUCCGGUGUUCUCACUGGUGCUGGAUCAGGACAUCACCUCGGAGACCGCCGUCACGUAUCCGGAGCUUUACAAGGAUUUGUCCAAAGGACGUAGUCUCAGUUACAAGACCUUCUUUAUAUGGGUACUGAUAAGCAUAUACCAAGGCGGCGUCAUUAUGUAUGGAGCGCUGAUACUCUUUGUGGAUGAGUUUAUCCACAUUGUGGCAAUCAGUUUCUCGGCUUUGAUCAUGACGGAGCUCAUUAUGGUGGCACUCACCGUGCGCACUUGGCAUAGGUUAAUGGUGCUAGCGGAACUAUUUAGUUUAGCGCUCUAUCUCAUUUCAUUGGCCGUGUUGCAUGAGUAUUUCGACUGGGAGUUUAUCUGGUCGUACGAUUUUCUAUGGAAGGUUUCCCUCAUCACGCUGGUCUCCUGCUUACCACUGUACAUAAUCAAGUUCUUGCGUAAAAAAUGUUCGCCGCCCUCUUAUUUGAAGCUCUCUUAAAUGGUGGCACGGCAGACAACUAACAAAUUAAUUCUCCAGAUUUUAUAACCUUCAUUGCGUUCUGUUCACAAUAGUAAUGUUUCUUAUCAUUAAGCACUUUAUGGUUUGUUUAUUUUUUUUCGAUUGAGGAGGCAUCCCACAAUUAUCCCUCGAUUUGCCAAUACCCGCACCAACCCCAAAUAUACGUGAUAUCAGGUUAAACGCCCCUUCCUCGACACUACACUUUCGUUUGAUGAUAUUUUUGUUGAUUUUGAAAGAUUCACAAAAUACCAGAGAGAAAGUGAUUCGAUUAUUAUAGUUAAAAUGAAAACCGAUUCUUAUUUGUAAGCUUGAGGCGUAACUGUUUCCAUAUAUUUCAAUUUUGUAUACCUGUGUGUAUUUGAUAAAUAUUUAAGUCGCAGAAAACCAAAUUAUGUUACUAAUUAUUUAAUGAUAAAAUAAAUUAAUAAUUGUAUCUAUGACUAAAAAUUAAAUCAAUUACAAUGGUAUAAAAAAGAAUGUGAAAGAAAAAAAAUAGAUUUUGUAUUAAGGUUUAGAAAUCGCAUUGGAUUGUGAAAUAAUUAAUAUAAAUAAAUUAACAUAUAUAAAUGAA